AAAAAAUGAGGUCCACAAGAAAUCUAGUAAGAAGAGCAGACAAGGCGCUUCGAGACACAGGGAAAUCUCUAUUUCCAUGAAGCGACCUUCUGCUCCUUCCCUCCAACUCCUCGCCGCCGCUGAAUCCUCCGCCGUCAUGUCUUCCCGCCGUCCCGCCUACAGAGGUAUCCAGUACCAAAUACGUAGAGGAGUCUCCGACCAAUCCUACUCGUCCUCCAGAGGCCAAUUCGUCACCGGAGACUCUCACUUCCAGUCCGUCAGUGAUGCCAACCGAGGGUUUCGGCCAGUGGAGGAUGCUCCAAAUUUCCAUAACCAAUAUUGGCCUUGUAAUACGCCGCCUCACUUCUAUCCUCCACCGUAUUCCCACCCUCCUCCUCCGCCUCCGUUUAACACGCCGCCUUCUUCUAAUCCUCAUCCACCGCCUUUCAAUCGAGGGUUUCGUCCGCCGCAGCAGUUCUGGCCGCGGCCUCCUAAGCCUUUGGAUUACCGGAACUGGGAGUACCCAAAACUAAGGCCGCCUCCUCACUGUGAGCGGUUUAAAGUCCUCUCGUACAACAUACUUGCUGACUACCUGGCUAACAAUCACAGAAGCAAACUUUACUUCCAUAUACCUCCAAAGAUGUUAGAGUGGGAAUGGCGGAAGAGGAAUAUCAUUUUUGAGCUUGGGUUGUGGUCAGCUGACAUAUUAUGCUUUCAGGAGAUUGAUAAAUUUCAGGACUUAGAAGAGGAAUUGAAGCUCCGGGGCUACAGUGGCAUUUGGAAGGUGCGAACAGGUGCUCCAGUUGAUGGCUGUGCAAUCUUUUGGCGUGUCUCGAGGUUCAAGUUGUUGCAUGAAGAAUGCAUUGAAUUUAAUAAGCUUGGACUUCGAGAUAAUGUUGCCCAGAUAUGUGUGUUGGAGUCGUUGAAUCAGAACAACACUAAAGAUAUGCCAGCUCUCCCAUCAAGCUUGACAGGUUCUAAUAAAGUUGUUAUUUGUAACAUUCAUGUGCUUUACAAUCCAAGAAGGGGAGAGAUUAAACUUGGCCAGCUUAGGGUGCUUCUGGAUAGAGCUCAUGCUGUUUCUAAGCUUUGGGAUGAUGCUCCAGUUGUCCUUUCUGGAGAUUUUAACUGUACCCCAAAGAGUCCAUUGUACAAUUACAUAGCAGAACAGAAGUUGAAUCUGUCUGACCUGCCUAGAGAUAAGUUAUCAGGACAAGCUUCUGCUGAAAUUCAUCCACCAAUGCAAGUCAGCCUUGGUAUCAGGGCUCAGCAGGCUGAUAGUAGAGGUGGAGCUCUAUUGGUAGUUGAUCCCAGGGAACUCAGUCGGAGUGGUUCACCAUUAGUUGUGCAGCAACAGAGUCGUCCAGAAAGAAAGUCAGUAAAUUUACCAUCCGUAAAUAGCUUAUCUCAGCCUCAAUGUGUUAGAACUGGGUCGAAUUUGUAUGCUAGUAAUCCCAAUAGUGGGCGAUGUGGUAAUGAGGAAGUAGACAGUUAUAAGGAUGAAACUCCAGAUGGUGGCUUAAGGGAAAGUCUAUGUAGUUCUCAAAACAACGUUGGGGUUUUUGUUGAACAAAUGAAGAAAACUCAUAGUGAAAAUAUCUGUUCUAAUUCGAUUGGGACGGAACUGAUUAAAGAAACUUGUCAGGACACACUAGAUGGCUGUAACAAUGUAUUCCAUUCAUUGGUCUCUAUUGGUGGCUUAAAGGAUACUGCUAUUAGUCCUCGGAAUGAAGGCAAGGUUUCUGGUGCACUAAGGAAAGAUGCUUAUGAAUUUACUUCAGUAGAUUCUCGUCAUGAAGAUCUGACAGUGGCAGAGCACGAGAAACAAAUGCAGGCCCCCAUCAAUGCACAAUUUGAUUCAUUCAUUGAACCAUCUGAACCUAUUUUGAAGACAGAAAAUAGAAUCUCAAGUUGCGAAAAGAGCAAACUCUCCUCUCUGAGUUCUAAUGAUAAUACAGAUGCCAUAACUGAUCCUACACCUUCAGGUAUUUCUUCAACUGAGAUUUCCUCUUCCAGUACUGUGGAAGUCUCUGCUACGGGAAGCUCAGAAAGUUUUUCUUCUCUAUUAGAUGCUAAGGACAAGGAUAACCCGUCUAACUUUUCUAAAGUCAAUGUUUCACGUGAACUAACGAGCACAGACUACAUGAUUGGUGGAAAAAUGGAGAAUUUACCACUUGAAGACCUUCCUGAAACCGAUGCUGGAGACAAAGUUUUUGAUGAAGAUUCUACCAAAUUUCUAUCGGAGCUGUGUGAUGGGAAUGAAUCCUUUUCAUCCAACAUAAGCCAUGCUGUAAGAUCUGACUUGGUGGAAUCAGAUGAAUCCUUCAGGAAAACUGAGCCUGAUAAUGCAUUGAACUUUAGGUAUGAUCCAUCCGCAUGGACUCCUAUGGAAAUAGAAACUGCAACAGGUAACGCAGACUGCACAUUCGUAGAACACCCUCUGAAGUUGAGAAGCACAUAUGCAGAAGUUGAGGACUGUUCAGGGACUAGAGAUUCAAAUGGAGAACCCCUGGUGACCAGUUACAACAGGGGUUUUUUAGGCACAGUUGAUUAUAUAUGGCGCUCUGAAGGUCUCCAAACUGUCGGGGUGCUUGCUCCAAUACCAAAGCAUGCCAUGCAGUGGACACCAGGAUUUCCCACAAAGAAAUGGGGAAGCGAUCACAUUGCACUGGUUUCUGAAUUGGCUUUCGUGAAAGACGGGAGCAUUCAGAAGUCAUAAGCUCCAUGGCUGGCUGGCUUUCCGCAUUUGGGUCUCCAGCAGCUUUUGCAACUCAUGGGGAGGGUUAUUGUUGAAGAUGUUCAAAAAACAUGCUCGAUAUCUUCCAGUGCCUCUCUAAACAUGUACCCAUUUGCAUUCCAUCUCGGGUCCGUGCUACUUAUUGGAUGGCGGCUGCCUUAACAAGAAGGGCUGUUCGACAAAUCCCUACAAAGGAGAACAAGUACCCCCAGGCAGCCUUCAGACGUGGAAAUUUGCGUCCCAGGACAAAAAGGAAUACUUUAGAGGGCUCAUUCCUCUCUUUGAAGCUACAUUGGGUGCAUGUUUGACGUUUCGAAGAUUAGAUGGAGAAUGAUAGAAUGCUCAACAAAUGUCGUCGUACGAAUUGCGAUGGAGAUGGAUUAUAGUUGUUGCAUCUAUGGCAAUCCAUAAUUACAUUCCUAGGAGAAGUCCUAAUGAGUACAUGUAUAGAUAGGCUCUAGAAAAUAUCUUGACUACGUUUUUUAAGACAUCCUCGACAAGAAUCCCUUGUAGGAGGUCCUACAAUAGGGCGAUAAGGACCAUGAACACAAUGUGGAUAUGAACUCUUUGCGGGAUGACAUUAUAGAGAAACUAUGGCGGGCACUAGUAUCUACUAUAAUGAUAGUAUUUGAGUUCUGCAAUAUGUUUGUUAAAUAAAUGGUUGUAAUUGUGCCUAUCUACUUUUGUACAUUCUAAUUUGUUGAAAGAUAAUUUGAGAGAUCACGUACGCUUAUGUAGAUGGAGGUGCCAAGAAUCUGAAAAAUAGCUUUGUUUGUUUCUAACA